CUAAAAACGGCACCUAUUUAAGCUCACCCUACCACUAUAUAAUAGUUAGCUGUAGUCUGUGGCGGAGUCUGUUUAGGGUUUACAGUCGCCGUUUUCUGAAGUCCAGAGGAAGUCUCCGCGAGAUGGCCCCGAAGAGAGGAGUAAAAGCUGCUGCACCAACUAAGAAGAAACCUGAUAAGGUUGUGAACCCUUUAUUUGAAAAGCGCCCCAAACAGUUUGGUAUUGGAGGGGCACUGCCUCCCAAGAAAGAUCUGCACCGCUUUGUGAAGUGGCCACAGGUUGUUCGCAUUCAAAGGAAGAGGAGGAUUCUCAAGCAGCGGUUGAAGGUCCCACCAACUUUGAACCAGUUCACAAAAACACUGGACAAGAACCUUGCCACAAGCCUUUUCAAGCUACUUCUCAAGUACAGGCCUGAGGACAAGGCGGCAAAGAAGGAACGCCUGCUUAAAAGGGCACAAUCUGAGGCUGAAGGGAAAACCCCGGAGUCCAAGAAGCCAAUUGUUGUGAAAUAUGGACUCAACCACGUCACUUACCUUAUUGAGCAGAACAAGGCACAGUUGGUGGUUAUUGCUCAUGAUGUGGACCCAAUAGAGUUGGUUGUAUGGCUUCCUGCCUUGUGCAGGAAGAUGGAGAUCCCUUACUGCAUUGUCAAGGGGAAAUCCCGAUUGGGAACGAUUGUCCACCAGAAAACUGCAGCCGCUUUGUGUUUGACCACAGUUAAGAACGAGGACAAGUUUGAGUUCAGCAAAAUCCUCGAGGCAAUCAAGGCCAACUUCAAUGACAAGUACGAUGAGUACCGAAAGAAAUGGGGAGGUGGUAUUAUGGGAUCCAAAUCGCAGGCUAAAAGCAAGGCUAAGGAGAGACUUAUUGCAAAGGAAGCAGCUCAGAGGAUGAACUAAGAGCUCUAAACUUGACCUGAACUUGUCUUUGGUUUGUCUUUUCUUGUUUAAAUUAAAAUGGUGUUUUGUAGGCGCUUGAAUCUUACUGCCUUUGUUUUGUUCCUUCCGCCAGAGGGAAAGAUUAUUAUUUUUGGUAGAGCAUAUAAAGAAACUCUUAAUUUA